AUGAGCGAGCUAGUAGAGAAGACAUCGACGUUGCUGAAAUACCUCGAUUUGGACCAGCGCGGGGCGGUGAUCGCGGAGUACAUCUGGGUCGACUCGGCCGGGCACUUGCGGUCGAAGGGGCGCACGUUGCAGCGGCGCGUGGAGAGCGUGGACGAGUUGCCGGAGUGGAACUUCGACGGGUCGUCGACGGGGCAGGCGCCUGGGCACGACUCGGACGUGUACUUGAAGCCGGUGGCCUUCUACCCGGACCCGUUCCGGCGCGGGGACAACAUCAUCGUGUUGGCGGAGUGCUGGAACAACGACGGCACGCCGAACAAGUACAACCACCGGCACGAGGCGGCGAAGCUCUUUGAGGCGCACAGGGCGGCGGACAUCUGGUUUGGGCUCGAGCAGGAGUACACGUUGUUCGACCACAACGACAACGUGUACGGGUGGCCCAAGGGCGGCUUCCCCGCGCCGCAGGGCCCCUACUACUGCGGCGUGGGCGCGGGCAAGGUGUACGCGCGCGACGUGGUCGAGGCGCACUACCGCGCGUGCCUCUACGCGGGCCUUCGCAUCUCGGGCAUCAACGCCGAGGUGAUGCCCUCGCAGUGGGAGUUCCAGGUCGGGCCGUGCACGGGCAUCACCAUGGGCGACGAGCUCUGGGUGGGGCGCUACUUGCUCCACCGCGUCGCCGAGGAGUUCGGCGUGAAGGUCUCCUUCCACCCCAAGCCCUUGAAGGGCGAUUGGAACGGCGCGGGCUGCCACACCAACGUGUCCACGAGGGAGAUGCGCCAGCCCGGCGGCAUGCGCUACAUCGAGGAGGCCAUCGACAAGUUGUCCAAGCGCCACAAGGAGCACAUCAAGCUCUACGGCUCCGACAACGAGCUCCGCCUCACCGGCCGCCACGAGACCGCCUCCAUGGCCACCUUCUCGUCCGGCGUGGCCAACCGCGGCGCGUCCAUCCGCAUUCCGCGCUCCGUCAGCAAGGAGGGCUUCGGCUACUUCGAGGAUCGCCGGCCCGCCUCCAACAUCGACCCUUACUUGGUUACCGGCAUAAUAUGCGAGACCAUCUGCGGUGCCAUUGAGAAUGCAGAUAUGUCCAAGGAGUUCGAGCGUGAAUCUUCUUGA